AUGCCUCCCAAAACUGCCGUAAAAGUAGGAAAGAAACAGAAAAAUGUUAAUGUAAGCGAACCUGAUCGAAAGAAAAGGAAAAAGAAGAAGGAGAAUUAUGAGAUUUAUAUCUAUAAAGUACUUAAACAAGUUCAUCCAGACACAAAUAUUUCGAGCAAAGCCAUGAACAUCAUGAAUAGUUUUGUGAACGAUAUAUUCGACAGAAUUGCUGCCGAAGCAUCUUGUUUGUCCAAAUACAGCAAUAGAAAUAUUAUUACAUCGAGAGAGAUACAAACCGUCGUCAGGCUUUUAUUGCCUGGACAACUUGCUAAGCAGGCAGUUAGCCAAGGUACAAAGGCAGUUACUAAGUAUAUAAAGAGCAAAUAAACAAAAGAACAUCUCCCUUCACAAACUGAGAACAAUCGGCCCUUUUCAGGGCCACCAAUUUCUUUUUUACAUUGGAACUUUUGCUUGUUUUCCUUUUUAAUUCUUCUAAUCGAUUAGAAUUGUAAUCUGAGUAGAAUUUAAAUAAACAUCUAUUAAUUCUGUAUUAUCCAAUCAAGAUACGUGUAUGUAGCAAGAUCAUAAACUAUAGAAAAACGGCACCGAUUAGUAUCAUAGACUUGGAGUUGUAACAUUGUAUUUGUAUUGCGCAAUAAACGAUAUAUGAUUACCUCAUUUAGAAAUAGCAA